AUGCCAGAACUCACAGUUACUCACAUCUCAAAUAACCUAGAACUCCACACGGCUGACGAAUGGAUCCAUGAUGAUAUACUGUUUUGGGAUGAUGAAAACGACACUAGAAAUGAUCCAAAUCGUCCAUUAGUGUUGAUGUUCACAUGGAUGUCCGCCAAGCGUCGAUACAUUGAGAAAUACGUCGAUCUAUAUACAUCAAAGAAUGCCGACGUGCUCGUCGUCAAAAUGGACCCGGUGAAUUUAGUCUGGCCAUCGACUGGACAGACAGUGGUCAUCGAUCUUCUGAAUUAUCUCGAAAAGGGAGAGCAACCCAUUAUCAUUCACUCAUUUUCCGUGGGUGGCCAUCUAUACGGUGAGAUGCUACGUAAGGUUGAAUCGAAGUGUGGUCGGUAUCUACCCGUGAAAGAUCGCAUCAUCGGACAGGUCUUUGAUAGCUGUGCGUCUCCCAGAGGAAGCUUUAAUUCCAUCUGCGAUGCCAUCACCCAGAAUCCUUUGCUGUGGUUCCUCUUGAAAGGGGUCGCCGUGACCUACUUCUGGGUGACCCAUAAAUACACAGUGGCUCACAUCCAGGAGAUUACUGAAGUGCUUCGCCAUAAUCCAAUCAACUCACCCGUACUGAUGCUGUACUCCCGUGACGAUCCCAUCGGUACUGCUUGCGAAAACGAGCGUUUCUCCGAAUCCUGGAAAAGUGAGUUAGGAUAUCGCGUUACGUCUAAGUGUUGGGACAGUUCUCCUCAUGUAGAGCAUAUGAGAAAACACAAAACAGAAUAUGUCGAUGUGUUGUAUAAAUUCUUGAACACUUUAAAGCCAUUUUAUGAAACAAGUUAA